AUGAACGAUAAAAUCAAUGUCAAGGUAAUCGUCAAGCCAGUCAAACUGGCAGCAGCCAACUUGGCAAUGGAAGCUUUCCUGACUUCUAUCGAGGAAGUCACAUUGAAAACAGGAAAAAAGGUCGGGUGCUUGCGGGACGGUGAGCCCAUUGAGGACGAUUUUAUGAAUGAGUGGAAUGAUUUUUUGGAAAGCAGUGGCAAGAAAUCUCUAUUUUCAAAGGCGCCCAACAUUUCUGCUGGCGUGUCUGUCUUCUUGGCAUCCAAGCAGCCGCAAGAAAUACGCCAUACUGAAGUAGCCUGUCAAAUGUCUCGAGAACUGAUCAGGAUAUGUGGAAACCUCCGAGACCUGAUUCAGCGCAAGCACGAGGAAGGAAGCAUAUGGAAAGGAGCUAAGUACAAACCGGACGUUGAUCCUACGUUUGGUUAUCUAUGUUACUCGCCAACCAUCCAAGCCGGAAGCAAGUAUGACAGAAGAAAAUCUAGCCGAACAGGUGCUGAUGAGCGACUCGACGCGACUGAAAUUAUCCUAGUCCACUUAGGAACCCAGUAUAGAUCAUACAAUUCGGAUGUAUCCCGAACUGUUAUGAUCGAACCACACCCAAGCCAAGAGGCAAACUACGAGUUUUUGCUCGACUUGCAGAAGUUUGCUAUCAGCAUAAUGAAAGAAGGAGCCGGCGCGAAUCUAGUCUACCAUGCAAUCAAGACGAAGGUGGCUGCAGACCGUCCCGAACUUGAGUCUCAUCUUCCAAAGAGUUUUGGAUCCGGUCUGGGUGUAGAGUUUGGGGACCCAUUCUUGAGUUUGAAACCAAAAUGCACUCGAGUCUUGAAAACGAAGAUGAUAUUCUCGUUAUCGCUAUCCUUUACGAAGCUGAAAGAUCCGAUGGAAAACGAUAAGACGUACUCGCUCCAGCUUACAGACACCGUGUUGGUAGGGCAAGAAGGAUCGAUGGUCUUGUCGGAUCUCCCAACAGAACUCUCGCAGAUUACUUAUUUUCGUCAUCAUCCAGCACCCAGAGAUCUCCCGCAGGAACAAGAUGGACACAGCCCAGCUCGAAGCUUUCAACAAGGUGAUGCAGAUAAUGAUGGGAGUAUUGCUGGGGAGACGAUUAUUCCUGAAGGAGCACGGUCGAAAAGGCCGAGGAGCUUUCCCGAAGAGGCAGAUGACACGACUAAACGCCAGAAAGUCGCUUCCUCUUCAUCUCCGCCAAACCAUUGUGAUGUCAAUUUCCGCUCAACAUCCCCGAAGAAAACAGCUCAUGAGGAAGAAGAAGAUGGAGACGACCGGUGGCCAAUCUUCAAACAAAUGGAGAUGUUUGUUUCUCCAAGAAGAUUACGACUAGCCACGCAAAAUGGAAACGCUAUCCUCCUACAGUCUAUCGCCUCAAGUCGGCUGGACCCCUCUAUCCGAUCUUCAGUCCAAGCUCCUCAAUCUAGGAAACUAGGCUCGAUUGCAAAGAUCCAAGCACUCGGUAAACCUGCAGGCGCGGAAGAGGAGGAAGACGAUCUUCUAUCUAGUCUCACAAAACGUAGAGGAGGUCGAACUAAAAAAGGUAUUCAAAAAAUCAGCCCAAAAGAUUGGCUAUUGACUGAAGAGGGCUUGAAGUUUAGACAUCCAACGAUCGGUAGACCGAAUUGGCUGGGUGAUGAGAUUCCGUUUCCGACCAAUCCCUGGUUCAAACCGCAGCCGCCAAUCUCAGACAAAAUUCGUACUCAAGUCUAUGAAUCAUUCAAACAGCGAAUUCAUGCAAUCUACAAGCAACAAUCGUAUCCCAAUUUAUCCCUGGAUGAGAAAACAAGACAAGAACAAAUUUUGAUCCGAGAGACAUCAGAUCAAUGGGGAAUCUGUCGCGACCGAGUCUCUGCGAUCAUCAGAUUGAAGGCAAUGGAAGACUCUUGGCCAUUAAACGAGACAAAUGAAGAAGGACAACCGAUCAAACCACACAAACGAACCUUGCAGUUAAAUUUCGAAAAAGGCAUGGAGAGUGUCUUGGGAGUCCAAACCGACCCAGCCAUCCGACUCAAUCCAGAUAUCAAUCAACUUGCCAAUCGCCGCCUCCAGCGUAAAUCAAGCUUUUAUGGUACUGAGUUUGUCCCCAUCGAUUCCCCCGAACCCAGCCCCCAGCCAGCCCAACCACCAUCUGAAAUGAAUGCAACUGAAGCUCAGCGAUCGAAGAAUAAGAACAAAUAUCAGGAAGAUGGCGAGCCGACGGAAACCAGACAUGUCAUCGGAAGCGAUGGCUUGCCCCGUCCGUCGACUUGUUAUAUCUCUAAACCACCCAACAAAGUUCCGAUGGUUUUCACCGAUGUUUCCGAAUUCCCUCGAGCUCCUAAACCGAUGAGCAAACGCAAGGCCAGAUAUUAUCCCAAAACUUCUCUCCUACCGGAUUAUUCGGCGCAACCUACCCGCUCUAGCCCAUCCUCUGCGCGUCGAUCACACUCUACAGCGGCAGCAACGAUAGCUUCAGUUGAACAACUGAAUAACCCACAAUUUCCCCCAUCAAAUAGCGAUAUUCAUGAGACUGCUGCUGCUUCAAAAGCGCAGCAGGAGAAAUCGGAUGAAGAAAAGAGAAAUCUUGCCGGUCGACUACUUAGACAGCUCAAGGGUUGUGCGAGCUCCGAAAAUGGAUCGAAAUUAUUAGAUCAACUCAGUACCUCGCCUGAUUAUUCGGAGUUCAGUAGCUUGACCGGUAUCGACGCGGACGAAAUCAAGGAAUCUUUGUUGCUCCGGGCAGGAGGGCUAUCAUUCAAAGCCUCGGGCGGUAAAAAAAUUAUGGAGGAGUUUCAUCCAGAUCGGAUCAACUCGAUCAGAAAUGAAAAUGAAGCUCCUGUAUCGGAGGAUGAGAAACAGAUUCGAUCGAUCAAAUUGGAAAUGAUCAAAUCGAUUUACCUCAAAAAAUUAGAACUCAAUUCAUCUGGAAGGUUAUUGUUACCCAAAUCGAUUCGAACGAAAGAAGACAAGGAUCUCAAAAUCCUACAAAGCGCCGGAUCGACAUCUGCAACUUCCAGUGCGGAUCAAAGUAGUAGUAGUAGUAGUAGCAGUGCGUCUGGUCCAACUCCGUCGGGCUCUUCGGAUUUGAUCAGCAGUCGGAGUAACCAAUUGGUCCGCAAAUGCAUGAAAGGCCCUCUCGGCAGGAUCAAACAGAGACAACUUCUGGCUAACCGAAACCAAUCCGUUAAUCAUUGA